CGAACCAUCUGCCUCAUUGCGUCUCAGAAUCUUCUUAUUACAUUCAGUCCGAGUCCCAACACUUGGGAGAGAAGAAAAAUGGCGUCAACAUUUGCAGCAUCAUCAACCGUGAUAGGCCUGGGCACUAACUCUCUAUCAUCUCCUUCCCGUGCCUCGUCUUCACCCAAAAAGGUCUCCCUCACUUCAGGUUUUUUGAAAUCGCCUGUGACGGCGAGAAACCCUUUGAUGGUUGCAGGGGCAAGUGGCGGAAGGGUUACUUGCUUCGAGAGGGAUUGGCUGCGGACGGAUCUGAAUGUGAUAGGUUUUGGGUUGAUUGGAUGGCUAGCACCCUCAAGCAUUCCAGCAAUCGAUGGGAAGAGCUUGACAGGGCUCUUCUUUGAGAGCAUUGGACAAGAACUCGCCCAUUUCCCUACUCCUCCGCCUGUCACUUCUCAGUUCUGGUUAUGGCUGGUCACAUGGCACUUGGGGCUGUUCCUGGUCCUAACUUUCGGACAAAUUGGGUUCAAGGGAAGGACCGAGGACUACUUUUGAAGAAUGAUGUAUAACCUAAUGUAUAUUAUCUUUUUAUUUAAGUUUCUCUUGUACUCCGGUCGUCAAGUUGGUAAUUAAUUAUUAUUCCUCAUUGUGCUGAACAA